AGAUGUUCAUUCGAUCUUCCUUGGAAGAGUUUUCAUUUGAUUGACGAUCAUAGCAUAGCUUUGUGUUUGUGUGACAAUGGCAGGAAAAACGGUGCUCGUUCUUGUCGUGAUCGCUGUUGUGGGAUCGAUGAUCAUGGCCAAUGCAAGCUACUUUGAUGCUUGGGCAGGGCCCGGGGGUAACAAUCGGCUGGAGCGCUACCGUGCUUGUGGAUGCACCAAUGUUGGAGCCUCGCAGCACGGCGGCUACAGCGUUGUGUACCUGGGCCAUGCUGCUGCGGCCUACAACACGGCAAACUGCCAAGGUGUGGCACAGAGAUGGUUUAGGAGGCACUGCUCCGGCUUUAGAUGGAACAGCAUCUUCAUCCAGUGCUCAAGCUCCAUGGCUCCAAAUCCCGGCUCCAUGGCUCAAGCCAAAUAAAUGAGAAAAUCUUCCAUGUAAUACUACAUUGCAGCUUAC